GAUUGAUUACCUUACCUCCAAAUUCUCUCGGGUAAUCCCUCCCCCGUCGCCCAGCGUGCAGCCAUUCGAUGCUUGAUGAUUUCAAUUCCUGCCUCCACGCUCCAGUCCUCAAGUCUCCUCUAGACUAGCAACACCACAGUGACAUAAUAGCACAUGCGGUGUCUCGCCUAGCAUGGCGUCGCAACGAGAAGGGGUCAAUCCUUUACGACCCUACUAUAUUCCUCCCACGAUCGGCGAGCGCGCCGAGUCUGCUCCUGUAGCUGCAGGCAAUGCGACGACAAGCUCCGGGCGAUACGCAUCCAAGGCGCGCGAUGUGUUCAACGAUAUGGAGUACGGCUACCUGGGGGAGGAGACGACAUCGGCCGUGCAGAGCGUCAAAGAUCUGCUGGAUGAGCUCCUGUGGAAGUACUGCUCUGUUCUGAUGGCUCAGCCAUUUGAGGUUGCCAAGACCAUUCUACAGGUGCGCGACCAGGAUGAGGCCGCAGCCAUGCCCGCGACACCGGGCGAGCCGGGCAUCAUCAAGAGGACUUCGAGCUACGGGGGGUCAAUCUACGAUCUUCCGGAUUCCGAUUCUGAAGGCGAUGAGCCAUCGUAUUUCACCUCCAAUGUGCCCGACACACCGACGCCCAUACACCCGCGUAACCGUAAUGGACGUCGAGCCGAGUCUCCCAUCGAUUCGCCCCGCUUACCGAAGAAGACGAACCUGCCCGAGCAAUACCUCAACAUUCGGCGCUCGGACUCGGUCACUGGCGUCAUCUCGGCUCUGUGGACCAAAGAGGGCGCCUGGGGCGUAUGGAAGGGCUCGAACGCGACUUUUCUGUACACUGUGCUGCAGUCACUAUUGGAGAACUGGUCACGAAGCUUCCUGAGCGCGAUCCUCAACGUGCCGGAUCUUGGCGUCAAGGACGACAUUGACCGGCUCGUCGACAUUGCGUCGCCUUACCCAUGGGCUUCUCUAUUCGUUGCUGCUUCCGCUGCUGUUGCGACGGGCGUGCUUCUCGCGCCGCUGGAUCUGGUUCGCACCAGGCUGAUCCUCACGCCGACAAGUCGAGGACAGCGCCGGACGCUCUCGACUCUUCGCUCCCUGCCAUCAUAUCUAUGCUCCUCUUCCCUCCUGAUACCGACCAUGCUCCACUCUCUCAUCCACCCUAUCCUCACUCUGUCGACACCACUGGUCCUGCGCACGCGGUUCAUGAUCGACAGCCAGGUGUCGCCCAUGACCUUUUCGGUUGCCAAGUUCUGCGCGUCCACGGCGGCCAUCUUCGUCAAGCUGCCGCUCGAGACCGUUUUGCGCCGCGGCCAGAUGGGAGUCCUGUCUGGGAAAGAGUACCUGCGUGUUCUGGGCGGCAAGGAGCAGAAGCUGGACACCAUUGUGCCCGUUGGACGUUACGAGGGCGCGUUCGGCACCAUGGUGCACAUCGCCAAGGAAGAAGGUCAAAGGGAGGUCAUUGGCAAGCCUGCACAAACUAAGAAGGGUAAAGGCAAGGCCAAGGCCUCUGCGCCCACGUACCGAAAGGGUCAAGGCGUGGAGGGUCUAUGGCGCGGAUGGAAGGUCAGCUGGUGGGGACUCGUCGGCCUCUGGAUGGCCGGUACUCUAUCAAACGGCGGCGAGGGCGAGUUCUAGCAAGCAGGCACUGUACGAUUUGGUUAUAAUUGUGGCUGGCUAGCACGUGUAAUUAUCUUGGGUUUCGGCAUGGCGUUACGGAAACGGGGCUUCUCUCUCCUACGAAUCUGACGAUUAGGAUGGUAUGAUACCAGUGCUAUAUUGAUAUUGUAUAAUACACGGCAAUACGACAUUAUCUCAACCAGUCUUGCGAUACGAUUAUCAACAUGGAUGCUUGGCCUUACCGUCGACUCUACGGUGCUGAACCAGCAUGAAUGUACCUCACAAGACUCCGCACCACGUCGCAAUAGACUAAAUAUAAUUAUUGUGACAGAUACUGCAGCGACUCAAGGU